AUGGAAGGAGUGCCUACUCGGCCCGGGUUCUUCUCGUGUGCCCCUAUAGCGCUCUUCUUCCCUCGGGAUAACGAAAUACAGUCUUGGCGCCAUGUCCUCGAUCGGCCAAUUGAGCUUGAGGGUCUUGGAGUUAAAGGAGUCCCCGGAAAUGAUGGGAAGUUCACCUCACGUGAUCAACUUGUUACCGUUCUAACAAGUGUUAUUUACACAUGUAGUGUAGGUCAUGCAUCCGUGAAUUUCAAAAGGUAUGACGAAUACGCAUUCCCGAUGAACCAUCCAUCAUUGCUGAAGAGAGCUCCUCCAACGGACAAGUCUGGAAAGACAGAGAGGGAUAUUUUAGACGCUUUAUAUCCACCAAAGGCUCAACUUAGUAUGAUAUUGGUUUCAAAGAUUUUGAGUGAACGCACUACAAGGCCGCUUGGAGACUUCGAGGUCGACUACGUUUACGACCCUCCUGAGGUGUAA